AUGUCGUCCCAUGUAGACGACAGGCUCCGCUCUCCCCAUGACAUGAAUGCUCUUCCCCAAGACCACUCACUGGGCGGGAAUGCAGCAAACGUGGAGGGAUCAUCAACAACAACACCAAAUCAAGGACACAAGCACAGGCCACGCCGGAUGCCCGCCAGAAGACGUCGGGGAUCAUCAUCUCAUGGUAUGAUUCUCGACUUGGCAACAGACUGCGAGGAGCGCGCAGACCCGUCGCAUGAGACGCAAGAUGAGUCCGCCCUAGACCAACCUGGCUUUGCUCCGGCAUCAUUCGAGUACACUGGCCUGGACCCAGACUAUGUGACGGCGUAUCAGCCGACGCCUCCUCACUCGGGCAGAGACGGCGACGACGUGCCCCGAACCUGGCACAUUGAACACGCUGUGGUUGCCAGGCCAGCUCUGCAGUCGCCAGAGCAAAGUGUCAAUAACAACACCCAAGUCGAAAUUCCUAUGAAUACCAGAGUACCGGCCACCCACAGACACGUUCCUCAUGCCCCGGAAGAGUCAAACCCAACGUCUGUGCCCGUGUCGACGACUCCCAUGGGACACGCUUUGGAGAAUAGAGCAUUCUCUGCAUCCCCAACCAGCCCAUAUGCCACAAUGCCAAACUACAUGUCUGCCGACGAUGGGUGGUAUUCUGAACCCGAACCAGCACCCCGGGAGACCGACAAUGAUGCCCCGCAUGUCCAGCUCGAUCACCAUGCAGUCGUGACGAUACGUCUGCGUUUUGAUGAUGACGAGCAAUGA